AUGGUAAAGAGUGACGGAAGUAAAAACCUGGCUGCAUGUGAAGAGGAACCUUUGGACCCAAACAAAGCUGGAGGAAUAAAGAGUCUAGAAGUGGAUUUCAGUCCUUCAUUGUUGCUGAAUAUUCCACUUGCACUGCAACAUGUGUUGGUACAGUCCUCUCUCUGUGCAUUGGUUGUGGGUUUGCUAAUCCAUGAAGUAGACAAGGAAAGAGUAGUGGCCCAUGUGCUCUUUUAUUCAGGUAUAUCUACACUACUGCAGAGCUGGAUUGGGUCACGCUUGCCACUGAUCCAGGCUCCAUCUCUGGAUUUCCUGAUCCCUGCCAUGACCCUGAUUUCUGCUCAGACCGGGAUUUCUGUAGCCUGCAGGGGGCAGUGUCUCAUACCCGAGGAGACUGUGGCCCCAGCACACCCAAUAAGAGAGUUGAGAGGGAUGACUGUAGUCACAGGUAUGGUGCAGUUGGCAGUGGGAUUGACUGGUGUGAGUGGGUUUGCACUUGGACGGAGUGGACCUUUAGUUCUGGCCCCGCUACUCUGCAUCCUGGGGUUUUCCAUCUACAGGAACGCAGCGCUGCUUUGUUCUGACCACUGGGGCAUGGCUGCACUGGCAAUUGUGCUUCUGGUCAUCCUGUCCCAACACCUGCACUCCUUUCUGCGCUUAUCUGUGUUUCCGCUCUGCCGGAAGCUCUGUGUACUUCUGUCGGUGAUGUUGACGUGGGGUGUUUGUGCCGCUCUGGUAAAGUGGGGACAUGUUCACCUUACCUCUUUUGCCCAGAUACUUUCAACGGAGAGAGUUUUAAAUGACACCUUUAUACGGUCCAUGAACACUCUGAACUCAUCUAACAUUCUCUUUUCUAAUCACACUGUACCCUGGCUUGACUUCCCCCUUCCUGCUUCAGCGCUCCCCCUGCUGUCUGGAAAAAACAUUGCAGCAGGAGUGGCUGGAGGCCUCUCUGCCAGUGUCAGCUCUACAGCUGUUUAUGUGGUAGCAGCUCGGCUCCUGAAGGCUCCUGUGCCCCCAGCACAUGCCUGUAACCGGGGCCUGUGUGUGGAUGGGUUGGGAAGUGUGCUCACUGGCCUGAUGGGGGCGCCAGUAGGUCUGUGCAGCAGUGUGCCUAAUGCAUGCGUUAUUGGCCUCAGCCAGUCUGGGUCUCGGAGCACAGUGCAGUUAGCCGGUGUGUUUUUGUUAAUUUUGGGUGUGUCUCCACAACUAGCUCAGAUCCUCUGCUCAGUCCCUCUGGCCGUCCAUGGUGCUGUGCUCAGCGUGACCUACACAAUCGCCACAGCAACAGGCAUAACUUAUUUCCAGCAUGCCGACUUGGACUCAGGACGCAACAUUUUCAACAUCGGCUUUACAUUGUUCAUGUCAUUGGCAUUGCCACGCUGGUUUACACUUCACUCGGGGUUUAUUCAAACGGGUUCACCCAGUGUCGAUGUUCUUCUUCAGUCUCUUUUGACGUUACCCGUUUUCUUUGUUGGGGUUUUGGCUUUUUUUCUAGAGCACACCGUUUCAGGAACUCUGUCUGAGAGGGGCCUUGUCCGGCGUCAAGGCACAAGUACGAUUCAGUCACUGGCUGACCAGCAGCAAGGAUACAGCCAUAGCCCAGACUCAGUGUAUGACCCACCUCCCCUAUUCAUAAAUCUACUGGAGCUGCGUGGACUUAGAACUGUGCCCUUCUGUGCCUGCAGAACCCCAAAUGUUGAAGUAGUGACUGUAACUGUACCUGAGAUGUCUAACUUAUUAGGUGAAAGAGAUGCCGGUGUUAGUAGCACUUGA